UUGGGAGGCUGAUAUGUAAAGCAAAAUGGCUAAAGUUGAUACCUAUCACUCCUGUCCUGCGAUCCAUAGGCUGUCUCUGAAGAGUAUCAACGAUGACCCUGAUGAUAAGCUUGAAAAUGGAUUUACCAGGACCCGCUCGCUGUGUGAAGAGGGCACGUCUCCCGAACUGCACAGAGUCAUUUCCAUGGAGACGGGCGGCCUGCCUGAAUCUCGAAGAAGCUCGUUCGCAGGCAGCGGAGCGAUGGCUAGGUUAUCGUGGUUCAUCUUAUCACUGCGAUCCUGGGCCAGGAGGAACUUACAUCAUGAAGACCAAAGGCCAGAUUCCUUUCUUGAGCGAAUCCGAGGGCCAGAGCUCAAAGACAUUCCCAGUAGAGACAGCAACACCCAGCUGAACUACGAUGAGGCAGAUGGAUUGAAAAAUCAAUGGGCUCUGGCCAGAUUUAACAUCAACUACUCCAACAACACCAAUGAAGAAAAGAAGGAAGAAAAGAAAGAUGUUAAGGAGGAGAAAAAGGAGGAAAAGAAAGAGGAGAAAAAGGAGGAAAAGAAAGAGGAGAAAAAGGAUGACAAAAAAGAUGAUAAAAAGAAGGAAGAAGAGAAGAAGAAAGAUGUCUUUGUGAUGGACCCUUCAAGCGAUCUGUACUAUAGGUGGUUGACAAUCAUUGCAACACCCGUAUUCUAUAACUGGUGUUUGAUAGUGUGUAGAGCCUGUUUCGAUGAGCUUCAACUGGAAAACAUUACACUUUGGCUGAUCUUGGACUAUUCCUCUGAUGUCAUCUACAUCCUGGACACAUUAGUCAGGUUCAGAACAGGUUUCCUGGAACAAGGACUACUGGUUCGCGAUGAAAAAAAAUUAAGACUGAAUUAUCAAUCCACACUGCAGUUCAAGCUGGACUUGCUCUCUCUUGUCCCAACAGACCUGGGCUAUUUAAAAUUUGGGAUUAACUAUCCUGAGCUGCGCUUUAAUCGGCUGCUGAGAAUUGCUAGGCUGUUUGAGUUUUUUGACCGUACAGAAACGAGAACAAACUACCCAAACAUGUUUCGAAUUGGGAACCUUGUCUUGUACAUUCUUAUCAUUAUCCACUGGAAUGCAUGCAUAUUUUUUGCUAUUUCCAAGCAGAUUGGAUUUGGAACAGACACCUGGGUCUAUCCCAAUAUAUCCCAUCCGGAACAUGGACGUCUGUCCAGGAAAUACAUUUACAGUUUAUAUUGGUCAACAUUGACAUUGACAACCAUUGGCGAGACUCCACCUCCUGUGAAAGAUGGAGAGUAUCUAUUUGUGGUCAUGGACUUCCUGGUUGGUGUGCUCAUCUUUGCUACCAUUGUCGGUAACGUAGGCUCUAUGAUCUCUAACAUGAAUGCCUCUAGGGCAGAGUUCCAGGCAAAGGUUGAUUCUAUCAAACAGUACUUGCAGUUCCGAAAAGUCACCAAAGACUUGGAAAACAGGGUUAUUAAAUGGUUUGAUUACCUGUGGACCAAUAAGAAAACGGUGGAAGAGAAAGAAGUUCUGAAGUACCUCCCUGAUAAACUGAAGGCUGAAAUUGCCAUCAAUGUCCACUUAGACACGCUAAGGAAGGUCCGCAUCUUCCAAGACUGUGAAGCUGGACUCCUUAUUGAGCUGGUGUUGAAGCUAAGACCCACUGUCUUCAGCCCUGGAGAUUAUAUCUGCAAGAAAGGGGAUAUCGGAAGGGACAUGUAUAUUAUUAAAGAAGGGAAGCUGGCUGUCGUGGCUGAUGAUGGUGUGACCCAGUUUGUGGUCCUAAGUGAUGGCAGCUACUUUGGAGAAAUCAGCAUCUUAAAUAUCAAAGGCAGCAAAUCUGGCAACAGGAGGACAGCCAACAUCAGGAGCAUAGGCUAUUCUGACCUGUUCUGCUUAUCUAAAGAUGACCUCAUGGAAGCUCUUACUGAGUACCCGGACGCCAAAAAGGCACUAGAAGAAAAAGGACGGCAGAUUUUGAUGAAAGACAAUUUGAUUGAUGAGGAAGCAGCUAAAGCAGGAGCAGAUCCCAAAGACCUGGAGGAGAAAAUAGAAAAGCUGGAAGCUGCCCUAGACAUUCUCCAGACCAGGUUCGCUAGACUCCACGGAGAGUACAUUGCGUCUCAAGCCAAAGUCAAGCAGAGACUUGUAAAAGUGGAGACAAAAGUGAAGAAAUAUGGAAGUGGUACACUGUCAGGCGAUGAGGGUGAAAAACCAGAGGAAGAGAAAAAGAAUUAAGUGGACACUUUGAUCAUUUUCAUUCAGCUCAGAAUAUUGCAUCAGAGAAGAGAUAUGCACAUGAAAAUAUGUAAACAAGGCUAUUUUUAUAUGGACCCAAAUCAAUGGCAUUUGUAGCAUUUUUAACUGAAGCAAUUGUCAUGUAAAUAGGAAAUUCUUAUGUUUUAUGAUAUUUUUAGAAACAGUUCUUCACUUCCUUUUCGUUGUUGUUCAUUUUGUAUUGGUUACGGGUUUCUUAUGAGUCACAGUCAGACCUCCUUGAUGGUAGAGUGUGUGCAGGUCUGACUGCAUUUGUGAUUGACACCUUUCACUAUGUAUUUGGUGCCAAGGAGGUCUUCUGUAAACUAAUAAGUUAGUGGACUGAUCAAACAGAUGCAUACAUAUAAAUAAGAAUGCUACUUGCACCAUUUCUGCUUUGAAAUCAUAGUAGCCUCCUGGUGAAUAUAAUUUAUCCACUUUCACAUAAAUUUAUUCUACUCAUUUUGAAGAUACUAGACACCAUAGAGAACCAUCUAUAUAGUACUUGCUGAAUGUGGCAUGUGUGAAUGAGCUACUUGUAUACUUAUUUGUCACAAAUCUCCAUACAGUUCUACCUACGAUAUUAUUUGGUUGUUGGAAGGGCCUGACGGAGUU